AUGCUACAUCCAAUUCUCGAAACUAGUGCCCUGAAUGUUAUCCUGGUAGUUACAUGUCUCUACGUCCUGAUAAUCGGUUUCAUUUCAUUGAAAGUCAAGCAAAGAUGGUACCUUGGUGAAGCUUUGCCUGCUUUUGCCGUUGGUGCUGCUUUUGGGCCAUCUGCUGCGAAUCUUCUGAGAGUGCCCCAUUAUCGAAGCAAUGAAAGCGAGAGCACGACAAGCGAAGUGACAUAUGCAUUGGCUCGACUUGUGAUCGGGAUUCAGUUGGUUAAAGCCGGCUAUGAGCUGCCAAAGAGAUAUCUGAAGCGCCGCCUUAAGGAAAUGACGUUAUGCCUGCUUCCUUUGAUGGCUAUAGGAUGGGUCGCAUCAUCAGCUUGCAUCAAGUUGAUGGUUCCGCAUAUCUCUUUUCUUGCAGCUCUCAUUAUCGGGUCCUGCGUAACUUGCACAGACCCCAUUUUAUCCCAAGCUAUUGCCAAGGGCCCUUUCACUGACAAUUAUGUCCGCCGACAUCUCCGAGAGUUCAUUUCCUCCGAGGCAGGCGGCAAUGACGGCUUUGGUUUCUCAUUCCUGCUGCUAGGCUUAGCACUACUCCGAUACGCCGACACGCCUGCAAAUGCCGCUGUAUUAGAGGAAUUUGAUCUCACCAGAGGAGGUGCAGAUCUUCUUGGGGCGACUGACGUCGGACGCUUUGGGGGUGGGGCGGGCGAAGCUCUGAAGCAUUGGUGGCGCUUAUGGGACUACUGUUGGCUUCAUGUGCCGAAAGGUCCUUACUUUUUCAUCCAAGAGGUAGUUGCGCUGCCCCUCGUGGUAAAGGUUCAUGGAUCAGUGCUGAUCCUGGAGCAGGAAGUGGAUCGACUCCGACAGCUUUACACUGGUUCCUGCGUUGCUGGGAGCGUUCAUUGUAACAUGCUGAAUUGGGAUGGGAUGUACAAUGCGGAACUCCAGACACGACACGACUCGUUUAAUUCGUCACUGGAGACCAUCUUGAACCAUAUAACCUUUGGAUACCUUGGGCUGGGAAUGAUGAUUCUAGUCUUUCGCCGUAUCCCCGCGAUAAUGGCCGGAUACCGGUUUAUGCCUGAGAUUUGCAGCAAUUGGAAGGAGGCUUUGUUCAUGGGGCAUUUUGGCCCAAUAGGGGUUGGGGCUAUUGCGUAUGUAGAGUAUGCCCGACGACUAUUUCCAGACCCAGGAGAAAGUGACGAAGAAAUUAACAGCCUAACCGCCGCUAUGAGGCCAGUGCAUGGCCUGUCCGUCCCCAUUCUCUACGUCAUCUACAAGGCUUCGAGGGUUCCGAAGGUUCACGACCACCCUGUGGAAGUAGUUCUCUUAUCCAAGAAUGAACCGUUACCGAACAACAGCACGGUCGACCGGCAGCGACAUUCGGUACUAGUCAACAAUCAGUUUGCAGAGCCAACCCACCCCAGCGUCCUCAAUGAUGAUUCGGACGACGAGAAAGAAUCAAGCUACCUGCAAGAGUCCUGUGAAAGAAUCCGACCACGAAGCGAGCGUAGCUCAAUGUCCUACAUCUCAGAGACGCCAAUCCCACAAGAAGCAAGCCAGCGUCUAAAUCACGAAGUUAAUCCAAGGAAUCUAGUGUGA